AUGAGUAUCUCUUUUGUUUGUAUUCAUUGCCAAAAACUUUUUCCCUAUGAUAAAAAUAUCGAAAAUUAUUUAGAAGCUAGACAAAGAGCUCAGGAUGAACUAAAUAAUCACGAAAAAUCUUGUUCUCUUAAAGGAAAUAAGAGUAUUGAAGAUGUUGAAAUUGCUAAGCAACAAGCCUUAUCUGAUUUAAAAUAUCAUCAAAAAGAGUGUGGAGUGGAAGGUAAAAAGAAAAUUGCUAUUUAUCAUUCUCCUAAUAGUGGCGGUAAUGAACAUGCUCCAAUUGAUAAUUCUUUAACUGACGAUGGAGUUUAUUUAUUUGAUAAUGAAGGAGAGGUUUAUCAGCAGACUCAAGAGAUUAAAAGGAAAAAACAAGAAUUAAAAAGCCAAAUUACCGGUUUAACCAGUGAAAAAAACAGUAGUUUAGAAAACCUUAAUGCCACUUUACAAUCCUUACAAGAUUUACAAGGCCAAAAUCAACAACUUCUUACCGAUAAACAGCAACUUUUUAACGCCCAGGAGGAAUUACAAACUAAAUUAGAAAAAUUAGAACUAGUGGAAAAAGAUUAUAAUCUCUUACUCCUCAAAAAACGGGAAAAAGAAUUAUUGGACGACGGAAUUAAAUUACAUUCCUUAUUAGAACAUGAAAAAGAGCAGCGACAAUUAACCAGUGAGCAAAAGAAAGCCAAAUCUUUACAGGCUAAAUGUAGAAAAUUACGGCAACAAAUUACUACUUUACAAACUGACCGAGACCAACAAGUCCAAGCUAAUGAAUUACUGAUUAAAAAUUUUACGGAACUAGCCAACAACAAUAAAAAACUUUUAGCCACUUACCGGCAAGACAAAGCGACCCAUGAAGAUAUUCAAUUACAAUUAACUAAUGAUUUAAAUGAUGUCGAACAAGCUCUCGAUGAAUUACGAGCUCGACAAUCAGACAACUCAUUAACCGAGCCAAUAAAUACUAGUCAACGAUCCCGAAAAAAGUUCGAUUAUCAAGAUGUAAGUUCCUUUUUUUCCUUAGAAGAUGGUUACCAGUCAGCAGAGGAUUCUCCAAUUUCGUUUGCUCCGUUUUCGUCUGAUGAAGAAAGUGAAAGCAGCGCAGAAUUAAAUGAUUUAAGAAACCAAAAACAACAAUUAACUAGGGAAGUCCAACAAGCCGAAAUGUUAAAAAAUAAUACUUUGCAAAGUUUACGAGACUUACAAGAGGAAAACCGAAAACUUCAAGACGACUUAGCCACCACCGAACUGCAAAGAGAAAACAUGGAAAAAGCUUACGAUUUAGCAACGGAACGACUAAAUAUUGCCCUUAAUAAUUUAGCUAAUAAAGAAGAGGAAAUAACCACCCUAAACCAAAAUUAUCAAAAUUCACAGAAAGAAAAUCAACAAUUAGCCCAAUUUUUAGCUAACGAGCAAAUUCAACACCAACAAACUCAAUUUAAUUUAGCUCGUCAAACCAGUACUAAGAAUCAGUUAAUUCAGCAGCGAGAUAAUAUUUGCCAAUCUCUUUAUGAUUUACAAGCUGAAAAUCAGCAAUUUCAGUGGAAUAUUGAUGACCGAAUUGCCGAACGAGAUAGUAUCGCCAAAGAGCGAGACGAUUUGGCUAAGCAGGCAAGUGGAGAAACCAGAAAAGUUAAUUUGCUGCAAAAUAAAGCUGCUUCUCUCCGCACUCAACUUCGUAAUGCGCAAGAUGAUUUAACUGCCAGACAAGCGGCAAAUUUACAAGCACAAUUAACAAUUAAAGAGAGAAAUAUCGAGUUAUUGAGAAAUAAGGCUCAAUAUUUAAGAAAUGAUAAACGACAAUUAGAGCAAAAUUUAACUACUGCCCAGGGAACGAUUACUACUCUCAACCAACAAAUUACCACUUUAACCAAUGAAAAAAAUACCUUACAAACUGAAUUAACUACUUGA